AUGACUGCAGAUGCUGUUGUCACGUGUAGCAUGGGCUUGGACAUGCGUAAUGUGGAGCGGUUGGGAGCCAAGCAACCGCCGCACACGUUUGUGGACAAUUUCCGGAUUGGUUUAGGCGUGUCAACGGGAAGCAUCAAUGCCAAAUCAGAAUAUGGAUGGAAGCGGCAUCUUCCAUUCUUUGACGCCGCAGCCAAGCUGGUGAAAAAGUACCGAUCUGCCAAGGCAGACAUGCAGAAGCAAGUGGAAGACAUGGUGGAAGCAACGCGCGAAGGGGAGAUGGGCGGAGAAAACUCCAUCAUCAGAGCCAUGCUUGAGGAUAAGACUGGAGAUGGCAAGCACAUCCGGUAUGGUGCUUUGUAUGGCCAUGUGGUCAAUCUCAUGAUUGCUGGUCAUGAAACGACUGCUGCAACGCUAGGAUUCACCAUGCAGCUGCUCGCAGAGCAUCCGGAGUAUGAAGCCAGAGCUUUGCAAGAGGUUCGUGAGAUCUUGCAGGGAAGGACAGAACCCACUGUGGAUGAUGUUCCCAAGUUGCAGUUCGUUGAGCAGUGCUUCCGAGAGGCUUUGCGAUUGUACAGUCCCGUCACGAGUCUUACUCGCGAUUCUGCCUAUGAUACCUUGCUGGGGGGCCACCGAGUUUACCAAGGACAGCGGAUCGUUGUCAUCACUCGGGCUCUUCACACAAAUCCAGAGUAUUGGGGCGGUAAAUUUGGAGACCCUUUGUCUUUCAGCCCUGAUCGAUUCACGCCAGAUGCAGUCAAGGAGAGGCAUCCCAAUGCAUACCAUCCAUGGGGUUUCGCAACCCGCUCAUGUAUUGGCAGCCAGUUCGCGCUCUUCGAGGCUAAGACCUUUCUUGCAUCCAUGUUGCUCCAUUUCCGUUUGGAAGGCAUCCCUGGCUACAAAAUUGUUGCCAGUACCCAUGCCGGUGGAGCUGCACCUUCACCUAAGGACUUGGCCUUUAUCCUUUACCCAAGGCCCGGCGGCCCACUUUGGACUGACUCAGGGCUCAUGCGGCGACUUCCUGCUUUGGGACCUGAAAGUCCAAAAGCCCAGAAGGCCAGCCCAGGCACCAUCGAAGGUACGAAUGGCCGAAAGGAGACCAAGGAUAGCCCCAUGAUGAAAGUUCUCUACGGAUCCAACGCGGGUUCCAGCCAAGAGUUCGCAACGCAGGUGGUGGCUUCGGCUGGCAAAGCUGGAUUCCAAGCUUCAUUGGAGUCGUUGGACGCUGCUGUUGCCGCAGGCUCCAUAGUGCCAGAUGGUCGCACAGUCAUCGUAGUCACAGCCACCUACAAUGGCCUUCCUCCAGACAAUGCGGUUGCAUUCAAAGAAUGGCUGUUGAAACAAAAGGAGGGUGCUCUGGAAGGACUUCAGUUUGCAGUCUUUGGUGUUGGCAACUCACAGUGGCAUACAUAUCAGCAAUUUCCGCGUGAAGUGGAUGCUUCUUUGCAUUCAUGCGGCGCGAAGCGUGUGUGUAGCCUGGGAGCCUGUGAUGUGGACAGCGCUUCAUUUGAUUCUGACUUUGAAGAUUGGCUUGCCAACCUGCUGCAGAGAAUAGGCGGAGCAACUGCAACAGAUGUAGCUGCUGCCGACGACGAUGCUGGAAAGGACGAGUUUGUUUUGGAGGAUGGCCCUCUGGACAAAAUCAGCGUCAGCGCAGAUGUCAAGGGUGGACUUGCUGCCAUCAAUGAUGCCAUGAAAAGCGUGUCCAAGCUGCUUGGCGAGACUAAUCCACCUCCAAGUCGGAACCUUCCUCUCGAGGUCGCUUUGCCAAGCCGGGAGCUGUGCAAGAAAGCGGAUGCUCGAAGCGUACGUCACGUAACAUUGAAACUCCCAGAGAAUCAUCCGGGAUACCAGCCAGGGGACCACCUGGAAGUGUUGCCUCCAAAUGAUCCAGCUUUGGUCAAAAUGGUUCUGGAAGCCCUGCAACUCCGCGAGGAUGCUGCAGUACGCUGGAAUCUCCACAAGGUGGAGAAGAAAUGGCGCAACGUAAAUCUUGGAAAGGAUGCACGAUGGUGGGAAAAGCUGCCACCAGUCCAUCUGACAGCUGGCUUGGUUCUGCGAUACUUCCCUGAUUUGGCAAGUCCUCCAGGUCGGAAAGCAUGUGCGGCCCUAGCUCAGCUUGCCAAGAGCCCUGCAAAGGAUGAGCUCACCUUGCUUGGAAGUGAUGCUGAACAACACAAAUUGAAAGUCACGUCGAUUCAGCUUUCGCUCGCAGAAUUGAUUCACAAGUACCGGGCAGAGCUUGAAUGCCAAGUUGGAGACAUUCUAAUGAUCGCAAAGCCUCUCGCUCCACGUCGCUACAGUGUAUCCUCAAAUCCGGAAAGCCUGCAAGACAAACGGUUUGUCACAGUGACCGUUGGGCAAGUUGUUUACACGACCGGCACAGGCCGUGUUCAUCGGGGGCUGGCAUCCACACAGCUUGGAAACAUGGCAGUUGGGGAGGCGAUUCCAGGCAACGUCAAGACUAUGCAGUCAAAUUUUCAUUUGCCUGAAGACAGGUCCGCUCCCAUCAUCAUGGUGGGUCCCGGUACUGGAUUGGCGCCCAUGAUGGGUUUCUUGCAACAGCGGGAGGCCUUGUUGAAGAAGGGCAUCAAGGUUGGACAUGCAACGCUCUUCUUUGGCUGCCGUGCCAGGGAUGAAGACUAUCUGUACCAGGAGGAGUUGCAGGGUCAUCUGCAAUCCGGGGCUCUCUCCAAACUUCAUGUUGCCUUCAGCCGCGAGUCCGGACAAAAAGUUUACGUACAAGACAAGAUUUGGGAAGAGAGGGAAGCGGUGUGGAAGCUCCUGCAAGACCCAAAGUGUACAGUGUUUAUUUGCGGAGAUGCCCGUGCCAUGGCACCCGAUGUGAAACGUGCUUUCCAGAAGGUGGUGGAGUCUGGAGGGAAGAGCAGCUCGUCGGCUGCCAACAUGAUUGCAACCAUGGUGGAGUCUGGCAGAUACAUCGAAGAUGUAUGGGCCUAG